AGCCCGCGUCGCCCGGUGCGGCAAUCAUGAGUGAUCGAAAGGCAGUCAUCAAGAAUGCGGACAUGUCCGAAGAGAUGCAGCAAGACUCUGUGGAGUGUGCUACUCAGGCCUUAGAGAAGUACAACAUUGAGAAGGACAUUGCUGCUCACAUAAAGAAGGAAUUUGACAAGAAAUACAAUCCCACUUGGCACUGCAUUGUGGGAAGGAACUUUGGCAGCUACGUGACUCACGAGACCAAGCACUUCAUCUACUUCUACCUCGGCCAAGUCGCUAUUCUUCUUUUCAAGUCUGGUUAGAACCAUGGACUGUUACUGAAACUUGCACCUGGUUACAGGACUGCACACUAACUCCAAACAGCCUCCUACCUUCAGCCUUCCUGAGGAAACAGACCUUGAUCUCCAGGUCUUUUGUUGUAUUGUUAAUGGUCAGGGAUUUUGCUGUAGCAGCUGGUAUUUUCAUUGUCGUUACAAAAAAGGCAAAAAUGUCUUCCUUGUAUUUAUUUUCUUUCAAAAGAUGGCUUCUUUGCUAAUAAAACUGUUGGAACAAG